AUGACGUCGACACCCUCCCAUCACCCUUCCUUACCCUUCGGCCUUCGUUGGGAAUCCAACUUUUACGGCCCUGUGCCCGCUUGGGCAGCAACUCCGAACGUCGUCGCGAUUGAGGCACUGUCACGACAACAUCUUAGUGCGGACAACCUUUCUGUAAAAUACCUCGCAGGUGGGGCGUUUAACAAAGUCUAUUUGAUCACGGUCCCUUCGGACAAUAUCCUGGACCCGAAGUCCUACAUCUUCCGCGUAACGCUCCCGGUCGAACCAUUCUACAAGACUGCCAGUAAGGCUGCCACUCUCCGACUGUUGCGCAAUAUACCUCACUACCAGUUCCAGAGGUAUUCGCCUACGAUUGCACGACCAAAAAUGAGUUAGGCUCCGAAUGGAUCAUUAUGGAGAGAAUCCCAGGAGUAUGCUUGCGGGAGCUCUGGCCCCGUCUGAGCCUUGAGAGCAAGGGAAUUAUUGUUGAGCGCUUGGGGCAAUUCACAAAGGAACUCCGUGAGAAGUGUAGAUUCAAUGCCAUCGGGAGUUUGUAUCAGUGCACCGAGCUCAGCGAAGGCAACUUGGAGGUCACUGUGGCUACUGAUUACAACGAUUUUGUGAUCGGGCCGAUAGUAAACUCUUUUAUAUUCGCUGAAAAGAGGAAGCCACUGAUAAAGAGGGAUCGCGGGCCUUAUCGAAGCGACCGAGUAUACUUACUUGCUUUAAUGAAAGUUGAACUGGAAGAUAAGAGACUUCUCCUAAAACUCACUUCUGGUAAGUAGGAUAAAUCGAAUUGAUUGGCUACAAUGAAGUAACAACAUGUUAGAUAAACGUGCCGCUAGCAUUCAAAAGGCGAAGCAUGAAUAUUCAGAGAGUGACUCGGAUGAUGAUCUUGCUGAGGAUGCUCCAGAGAUUCAGGAAACUAUCCAACAACUCCUGGAAAUUCUCCCUUCCAUCUUCUCCGAAGACAUGCAAACAGAGGAAUUCACACUACGUCACCACAACCUUAAUCGUUCAAAUGUCAUGGUUGACUGUAUGACACUUGAGAUAACUGGAAUCCUCGAUUGGGAGUGUGUUAACACCGUGCCGGCUUGGGAAGAUACCUAUCCUCAAAUGCUACGGGGAGGAGAUAUGGAAGAAUAGCCAGAGCCCUUGGCAUUCGGGGAUACUGAUGAGUGCCGCGUCAGGAGAUGGGAGAAAUGGGAGAAGACGAAGCUGAGAAAAAUCUUUGACCAGGCUGCGGGUUCGGGUGCAAACAAUGACAAAGAUGCAUGCGAUAAGCGCGGCUUCAGAGAGCGACUUGAUUUGCUUGAAUUUUCCACCAAGAUGGUGAGGGACUGGAUUGUUAAGUACCGGUAUGAGAAGCAAAAGCGUGAGCAAGGCUAUUAA